AAUAUAAAUCUUAGACGAUGGCAGAUUCAAAGACCAGAGUUUGUGCGAUAAUGAUAUAGCCUACUUAUUUGGUUUUGAUUACGAAAUGUGAUGGAGACUGUAUUUUUAUUAUAUGGAAUUUAAUUAUUGAAAUACAUUUGACCAAAUAAAUAGUUGGAAUCCAACAUGUCAACAACCAUAGUGCCAUCAGGAAUAUUUAUUCCAGAGAAAAAGAGAUUAAAAUUUUUGCUGGCUUUUGAGGAGCCUCUGUUUAAUUUAUUCAGUAUCAUCCCUGCUUUUGAAAAAGCUGGGAAUAAUUCUUGUGAGAUUCAGUUCCAAUUUAUUCGUAAAAGAAAACAAAAGCACACGUCAAUGGCGUUGGACAAAAAAAAGGCAAAGCACUACAUAAGAAAUAAUAAUAUGGAUAUAUUGAACGAGGAAAGGAGACGUUUGAAGUCACAGCCUGAACAAGCCGCCCCAUUAGUAGAUUUGGAAAGAGAAAAUGUGUCUUCAAAGCCUCAAGUGGUUGCAUCGGUAGAUUUAACAGAAGCGGAAUCAGAAAUUAUUGUGCUGGAUGAAACUUUGAACCAGCUGAACACGACUCUCAGCAACCUCGAUGUCACACUGGGCGCCUUUGACGAUGUCGUCUACCUCGGCACUAUUAACCCAUCGAAAUCCCCCAGGAACCAAAUGAAAAAUUCUGAAAGUGAUGUGAAAAUUGUGAAUUCAAUGAAUAUUAGACAAGAUAAACUGUCCAACAAGAAUAAUGUCUAUAGUAGUAACCUGGUAACACCAGAUAAAAUAAAUUCCAUGCUGAGGAAAAGCAAACUCCGUAGAAAGAGUAAAAUAAAUAAAAUGUUGAAUUCUACAUUAACUGCUAAAAAUAAAAAGUUGAGAACAUCUAAAAAGACAAAAAGAAGUAGGACUUCAAGCUCACAAAGUAUAACAGAUGUUAGUAUGGACAAUUUACUCAAUGAAGAUAUGCCACCAAAUAAGAAGAGGAAAUUAAAAAAAACCAACAUUAAAUCUAUCACUACUACACCACCAUCGAAACCUUUACCAGGUAACAUUUUAAAAUAUUAUGCCAAAAUAGAGAGUGCUUUUGAUAAGAUAAAGAAUAGCGACAAAAAAGAAGAAAAAAAUGUAAAAAUCUUACCCCUGCAAGCAAACUAAACAAACGCAAACAAGAUAUCAAGAAAAAAACAAAAUUAAAUGAUGUGGGUAAGAAGAAAAAUAAAAAAAUUGUCACCCCAAAAAAGAAUGGCUGUACAUGAAGAUUGUAUCAAGGUUAGAAGAGAAGCUAAUAUAUUCAAUCCGAAUCCGAUUGAUAUAGACAAGGAAGGCUUUACGACCAAUAAUCAUUGAUGGAUGCAAUGUUGCAAUUGGACACGGAAGAGGUAAAUUUUCCGUGAAAGGAUUGCAGAUCUGCGUGGACUAUUUUGUGAAUCGAGGCCACAACCACAUCAAGGUCUUCCUGCCACGUCACCGCCAGGCGCACUUCAAGGAGGAAGAGUUGAAUCUGUUGGAGAGGAAGUGUGAUGUCGUGUUCACACCCAGUAGAGAAAAGUCAAUG